ACUCUAUAAUCUUCCCAGAUAGUGCUUUUCUGAAGUCUACUCAUCUGGCGUCACUCUACAUUUAGCUCAGUGCUGCUCUAGAAUCAUUUCAGCGCUGUUCUGAAGUCUGUUCAGUUAGUUUUUCACUAUAACCUGUUGGAAAGUGCUGCUCUAGAAUAAUUUCAGUGAUGUUCUGAAGUCUACUCGGCUAGUGUUGCUCUAUAAUCUGUUCAUAUAGUGAACCUCUAAAAUAGACUCAGAGCUGUUAAACAGUUACUCAACUUGUGUUGGUUCUCAAGCCUGCUCAACUAGUACUGCACUUGUUUCUACUCGGGUGCAAUUCAUUUUUCUGUAAAGCACUCUGACCACUAUGAAUGAAAUGUGCUAUAAAUAAACUUGUCUUGCCUUGUUGUGGUUAGGUGCUCUAUGAUUUCCUGUGUAGUCACAUUGUUGUGCACUCGCUCAAUUCAACAGCAGUUGAUGCAUUGAAAGUUCACUCUGGUAGAGGUCAAGACAAAGGGAUUGAGCUGAUUAAAGGUUGUAAAGUUGUAAAAGCAACAAUAAAUCUGCAACCUUUAUAGGCAAAAAUCACCAUCACUCUUACCUAAAUCACUUGUAUGUCAUGCUGCUCCGUCUUCUCUUGUACCAGUGCAGUGCCACUAACGCAGCAAACCCUAGUGUUCCUGUGGGGAUAUCAGGGACUGUUUAUGUUGAAGGUGCCAUAUGUGGUUGUUUGGGACAGGUUGAGCAGUCACAGUGGUCAAGCCAGAGAUUAAUUGGAGCCUGCUAUGUUGACAUUGCUUACCGUACACGAUACAUUCGACUGACUCACUAGUCCUGUCAAUAAUGCAGCAGGUGCCAAGGUCUGUAGGUGACAACAUGACAGUCCAGCACAAAUACACACAUGCCCACAUGAUAUUGGGCAUUGUUAUCAACCAAAUCCCAGUAAAACACACAAAUACAGUCAGGAAAGGAACAGUCUUGCCCUCUGCAAUUAAUUUUCUGGUGUGAUUAUAUAACACUCCCCACUGCCUGUCAGGGCAGAUGUGUAGUGAAGUAAAUUUGCUUGUAGGUAUUUACAACUCUGAAAUACUUAAAUUCUGUGUAUUUUUGGAGAAUUAAAAAUGUUCUUUGUACUUUUUUCGGUGAGUAAUACAAAUUCUCUUUCAUGGCAAUAUUUAACACAUGCAGGCCCUCAAAAACGAUGCUGGCCCCUGAUGUUUUAUUGAUGCUGUUUUUAGGGAGGUUGAAUUAUUUAGCAAUGCUCUAAAUGUUCAGAGCAAAGCUUACUGUCUUUUCUUAUUCAAAUAAGAACAAGAAAAAAAGUAAGGGCCCCUACAGGAUUCCUCACGCCAUACAAGAUGAACAACACUUUCCACAUGCAAGCAAAUUCUCACAGAUAUGUUCAUUUCCAUGAGGACAAGCUCAUUUUUGAAGGCGUGUUGAAUAUUUUUCUUCAAAGCUGCAAUUCCUUAGACACUUUCCUCACUCUUACUUUUAUAUUUUUACUCAUUUUAACUCUACAUCUCUCUGAGCGCAUCUCUCUCACCUUACUCAUCUUUGAUGUGUUUGUCAUUUCUGUGUUGCUGAUAGUAGAACCGUCUGUGGGUGGCUGGGGAGCAUUGUAACAUGUCAUGUUGCAACGCCAUCAGUUUAACCAAUUGAAAAUUAACUGCAGGGAUAAAAUCCCCAUCAUCCUGACAUGAAAAUGGAAGUUGUAGGAAUCUGUCUAAAAUAAAAAGGAUUUAGUUGACACUGCUUUGAGGCAGACGGACAGAAGGGCAUCGCUGGAGGUCUGCUGCUUGAUGCCAGCAGGCGGGACGGGGACCCCAGCGGGCAGAAGGAGAACGACGGGAAGUGGCAGAAGCCACACAUCUCCCGCAAGUCCCUCAUGAAAUGCUGUCUGGUCAAAUGGAUCAUCGCCAGUGUGGCGCCCCAGGGCUCAAACAGGACUGACAGUGAUCUGGAGUUGUCCAUGGUGCGGCAUCAGCCAGAGGGCCUGGAGCAUCUCCAGGCUCAAACCAAGUUCACUAGGAAGGAGCUGCAGUCGCUCUACAGAGGCUUCAAAAAUGAGUGUCCCAAUGGAUUGGUGGAUGAGGAGACAUUUAAAUCAAUCUAUUCCCAGUUCUUCCCUCAAGGAGAUGCAACCACAUACGCACACUUCCUUUUCAAUACUUUUGACAUGGACCGAAAUGGUUCUAUACGUUUUGAGGACUUUGUGAUCGGCCUGUCUGUUCUGCUUCGAGGUUCUGUGACAGAGAAACUGAGGUGGGCCUUUAACCUGUAUGACAUUAAUAAAGAUGGCUGCAUCACCAGAGAGGAAAUGCUGGCUAUCAUGAAGUCUAUCUUUGACAUGAUGGGCAGGUACACCUAUCCUUGUGUAAAAGAUGAUGCUGCAUUUGAACACGUGGAGAAAUUCUUCCAGAAAAUGGACCGAAACAGAGAUGGUGUUGUAACCAUUGAUGAGUUCAUAGAGACCUGUCAGAAGGACGAGAAUAUUAUGAGCUCCAUGCAGCUGUUUGAGAAUGUCAUCUAAAGCGCAGCAUGAAGUGCAGAAUGAUCCUCUGGCUCUUUUUCCACAUCGACUCUCAGCAUUGUUCCAUUAGUCCUCAAGCGCUCCACAGGGACUCUCUAGAAACACUUGUGUUUUGUACCUAGGCCUUGCACAUCAUCUGUAGCAUGUGAAUGAAUAUUUUGAUUGAUUGCAUUGAAUGCUUUAACAACAAGAUGUGGGCCAUCUGAGUGUAUCUCAAUUUAACCUUAAGCACUCAAGACAGGUUGUAAAUGCUCAUUUGUAUAUAUGUAGAUAAAUCUGCGCUCUUAAAACUGGUUGAUUUCUGCCUAAAUAAAUGAACUUUUUGCCUGC